AGAGCGUCAAUGCGUUACGUAAACCUCUUUGGUUACGGUACGUAAGUUCCUGAGAGCAGGAAGUGUGAUGUGGCUCUGACUCCAAAACAAAAAUGUCGGCCAUUUUCAACUUCCAGUCACUGUUAACAGUGAUUCUUCUCUUGAUCUGUACCUGUGCCUACAUCAGAGCGCUGGCUCCUAGCCUCCUGGACAAGAACAAGACCGGGCUCCUAGGAAUUUUCUGGAAGUGUGCCAGAAUAGGUGAGCGGAAGAGUCCCUGGGUGGCUUGCUGCUGUGUCAUCAUGGCUUUUAGUAUAUUGUUUCUGCAGUAGCAGUGUGAAGAAAACCACAGAUGGAAACAUUGUGGAAAGGAACAGACAAGCAGGCAUGGACAGUAUGACUGUAGAAGAACAACAACACAGUCUCCACAGACCGUCACUUACAUAAUGUAAAACGGACACCUGUCACCAUUCAUCGUAGCUGUGUAGAGAGAAAAUGCGUUUAUAGGAGGAGGGGUGAGCCCCAGAGUGUGCUGUACCCCGCCACGGAUUCCCGGUCUGUCCUUGUGUUUGAUUAUGUGGAGUGUUUGUGUGUAGGGGGCCAGUGCUUUCUGUUAAUUAGCCAUUUUAGUUUAAAGGGAGGAAAAAAUCACAUUGUGGGAUCAAAUGAUACUUUGUCCAAACAUUUCAAACAGAUUUUUUUUCCCUUUGAGUUUGUCACAAUUCUCCACAAAAAGGACCUUCGUAACUGUUAAGCGAUUCACCUGAAGACUUAUAUUUGUAAUAUGUUUUCUGUUUGUUAUCUAAAUGAUGACCAUAUUGAUAUGCAAACAACAUGGCAUAAUAGCUCUUCACACAUUUGCCUAAAGAGCUACAGGUGUUUUAAAAGUCAGUCAGUUUGCCGCUAUUUAUUAAAGAGCCUUUUUGAAAA